AGCUCAGCCCCAAAAGAGAGCACCAGCUCAGCCCCAACAGACAGCACCAACUCCGCACUAACAGACCGCACCAGCUCCGCACCAGCAGAAAGCGGAUCCACGACUCAGUCAGGAACCUCCAACACUGCAGCCAGAACAACAGCAACACUGAGUGCCAGACCAUCAGCGGCAUCACAGGGCCCCACAAGUCAGACAGCCGCACACCCAUCAACAGGAACAACCAACAAUGCCCCAUCCACCACCGGAACGGAAGCACCAGUUACUGGCAACAAGAGCCUACCAUUUUGGGCCAUAAUCAUUAUAGUCCUGGCUAUCCUGCUCGCCAUAUUCAUUAUAUGCACUAUUUGUCUAUUGAUUGCGUUCUGCAUGAGAAGGAAAAGAGUUAGGAGCCACAGUAUAGUACAAAAAAGCUGGGGACAAUAUCGCCUCCAUCUGGAUGAGUAAAAGUAUUACUGAAGAAAGCACCUCGAUCGAAGUUCAAAGCAGUUUAUCAAACUAUUUAUUUUAUCAAAGUUAUUGAAGAGUAUAUGUAUAUAUAUAUUUUAUUAGCACUACAAGAAGAUUAAUAUAUUUGGAAGGGAAUUUUUGUAAAAAACAAAAUUGGCUGGACCAGCGACCGCAGAAUUGUUCAGGGAUUUCUUUUGAGGACUAACAAAUAGCAAAAUACUCCAGAUGCUGGAAAUCUGAAAUAAACACAGAAGUCGCUGGGAAUA